AACGCGACGAAAAAACAUGGUGGGGAAGACAGACUCUACUCAAUGUUCAAAAACAACAAUACAUCAUGGAUUGGCCACGAGUAGUAAAUCCAAUAUUGACAAUUGAAGACAAUGACUGUCUAUUUGAGUAUGAUUGCCUGUCAACUAUCGUGUCGAAGGUGCUCCGCAACCAUGGGAGAGAAACCGAAAGUAUUGAUCUGAGGAGCGAUGGGGAUUGGAGCCACUGGUUUCAGAGUCAAAUCUUUGCAGAAAACCUUUUGGAACAACCAUCGAAACACCAGGAGCGAUCUGGCUACCACAUACUACUCUGCGGUGCCGUGGAGCCAGCAGCACUCGAACAUGUCCCAACUGAUCUGUACUACCUUCCCUUUUCUCUACCUCGCUGGCAAAGGAUCACCAAGGCCUUCCAUCUCCAUGAUGAAAUCUGCAGGGCCUUCACCAAGAGCCACGAAGGCGGCUGCGCGACCUACCUCAUGCACGGCUACUCACUCCGGAUGUACACCUCAGCCAUGUCAUGGGAUCACCAGAGCUGGACCUCGGCGGAUAGCCUCGCAAUUUCAUCCACCUAUAUUGAAGCUUCGAAGCUUACUGUCGCGGUCAUAUUCGGAUGUUCAGAACAGCAAAUGGCCAGGGUUGACGAGCUGCUUGCAUCAUGUCCGGAGGUCAAGUCACAUCCCCUGCUUACGGUCGGGAUAUUUGCGGAACUCCACAAGGAUAGGAUGCAGGAGAUUGUCAAGAAGGCGAUUUAUGAGUGCACUGCAGCUAUUACAGAUCUGAAGCUGGAUCGUGAUGCGCCUCCGUUGGUGAAGCGAGACUUCAAGCUGAACAGGAAGCUGAGAAACUGGCGGCUGAAGAUGAAGAUGGCGGAGGAGGAGGUCAGAACUACCAAGGGUUUGCUCCAGAAGAUGAUAACACAGGUUGAGGAGGAGGAGCAGCUGCAAUCCUUCCAAUACGACGGCGAGUUUGCCACGAGCACGCGGAGAUUUAAGCAACGGUUUAUGGAGAUUGAGAUUGAGUUGGACGCCUUGAUGGCUAGGUGCCGGAUGAUGUUUGACGACAUGACUUAUUCCGAGGAGCUGUUUAUGAAUGAGCUCCUCAGUGAUGAUGCCGAGCGAGCAAGGGACCAAGCAAAGAUUAGUACGGUCAUAGCCUUUGUUGCUAUGCUGUAUCUUCCAAUAACAGCUGUGGCGACAAUUUCGCUAUGCCGGUUUUCGAUUUCCAAAACGACUGGAGAGAUAUCUACUUCCGAAAGGCAGAGACUGAGGAAGUUUCCGAUCAACCGCCAGUCCUAUCUUCAUACUUCUGGGUGUACCUAA